UCCCUCACUCCUUCCACGUUUCAAACCCACGAAUCCUACGCGCCCCUCACCUCUAUAAGAAACCCAUUGAGGCAUUGAUCAGACGCACAUCCUCCACUCCAUCCUUACCAGCGUUGUUUCUCUGUGUGUGUCUCCGUCUCUGUCUGUGUCUGUGUUAAGUCAUACCAUCGUUGCCAUGGCGCACCCAGUGAGCCCCGUAUCCCCACCGUUGAAAGAUGAGCUGGACAUCGUUAUCCCAACCAUAAGGAACCUUGAUUUCCUGGAGAUGUGGAGGCCAUUCUUCCAGCCCUACCACCUCAUUAUUGUACAGGAUGGUGACCCGACCAAGACCAUCAGGGUCCCAGAUGGCUUCGACUACGAGCUUUAUAACCGCAACGAUGUGAACCGGGUUCUGGGUCCCAAGGCUAGCUGCAUCUCCUUCAAGGACUCCGCCUGUCGCUGCUUUGGCUUCCUAGUCUCCAAGAAGAAGUACAUCUUCACCAUUGACGACGAUUGCUUUGUGGCAAAGGAUCCGAGUGGGAAAGAGAUAAAUGCGUUGGCGCAGCAUAUACAGAACCUGCUGACACCAUCGACGCCGCAUUUUUUCAAUACUCUCUACGAUCCGUUUAGGGACGGAGCAGACUUCGUUCGGGGAUACCCAUUUAGCCUGAGAGAGGGAGCGCCCACAGCCAUCUCUCAUGGGCUGUGGCUCAACAUUCCCGACUAUGAUGCCCCAACUCAGCUUGUCAAGCCUCUAGAGCGCAACACCAGUGCACACAGAUAUGUAGAUGCUGUAAUGACAAUUCCAAAAGGCACCCUCUUCCCAAUGUGUGGGAUGAACCUUGGUUUCAACAGGGAACUGAUAGGACCUGCAAUGUAUUUUGGGCUCAUGGGUCAUGGCCAACCAAUUGGCAGAUAUGACGACAUGUGGGCUGGUUGGUGUGCCAAGGUAAUCUGUGACCAUUUGAGUCUUGGGGUGAAGACAGGGUUGCCAUACAUUUGGCACAGCAAGGCAAGCAACCCAUUUGUGAAUUUGCAGAAGGAAUACAAAGGCAUAUACUGGCAAGAGGAGAUCGUUCCAUUCUUCCAAUCUGUUGUCUUUCCGGAAGAGUGCACGACUGUGCAGAACUGCUACAUUGAACUCUCAAAGAAGGUCAAGGAAAAGCUUGGAGCCAUUGAUCCUUACUUUGAGAAGCUUGCUGAUGGCAUGGUUACUUGGAUUGAAGCAUGGGAGGAGCUCAACCCUAAGCCCAAUGCUGUGAAGAAGGAAGAACCCUCUGUCAAAUCAAAGUAGGCAGCAGCCCUUUUAGUCCACUUUGAUUGUAAUAAGUAUGCUGUAAUCUUCCACCAUCUUUUCCUUUGGAUCUUUCAUUCCAUCUGGUUCAUGUUUUAAGUACUUGCCAUAUUGUUGUUUCAUUCCUUUGUGACUCUAUUUCACCACCUAAUUGGAGUACUUCCGUGUUUGCCAAAUUGAUAAUAAAUAUGUUGUGGGAGUAGACAUCUUGAAUUUAAA